AGCUGAUUACCUAAAUCUUUGCGGGCGAUAACCGUCAUGUUUCGAAUAGGAAUCACCGAUCGCCAACGGACAGAUGAACCCAGAAUUCAGGCAUCACAUCAAUAUGGUAUGUUCGGCGAGUCGGCUCGCAUUAUAACACCAGAUGCGUAUUCGCAAGGAGAUCCCAAUUGAGGCUGAUUAAGGCUGGCGUGGCCAUACGAACAAUGCGUUCACCCACUCCGAGCCAUUGGGCAGCUUCCAACUCGACGUCCUCAGCUACUUGACACAGCCCCCACCGAUUAUGGCUUUCGGUCAUGCAGGGACUGUGGUUCAUCCCGGACUCAUGCUAGCUAGGCAUUCGUCGCAGCUCACAGCUGGUGGGCCGGGCUAAGAUGGACAUCAUGCACGCCUUGCUGGACGCCUGAAACCAGCGGACAAGUUGAAACGAAAACGGCCCAGGCGUGCCAGGCUCAACCCACCAACAAAUGCUUGAUCAAUCUCAUCAAGCUCUUACCCGUCGAGCAUCUUCUCCAUGUUGUGCCAUUCAGUGCAGUGACAAUGUCCGAAAGGACUCAUGUUAAGAGACUGAUUGUAUGUGUAGACAGCGAAGAAGUCGGUGAGGAUGGCACCUUAGGCGACCAGAAUCAAAGCAACAUCUUCAGAUUGAAAAGCAUCAUUCCGAAUGCUUUGUGCUAUGAUGCCCAAGGCCGAUCCGUCGAGCAGGUCGUGCGUUAUUAUCGCGCUGUCGAGGACGGACCGAAAUUGCUAGACAGGCUGAAGUCGCGAAACUCAACGCCGUAUUACGAGCAACAGAUCAAGGACAUUGUCAAAGAGGUCUGCGAAAUCCUAGAGGAGCCUAGAGAUGAAUUGUUCCUUUACGGCUUCGGCCAUGGCGCCUUCAUUGUCCGCGCCGUGGCAGGACUCCUCGAUGUCAUGCGCAUGCCGAAACGAGCCUCCGUGAGGUAUUUUGACAGGCUCUACCAGAGCUGUUUGGACGUGUACAAAGCACGAGCCGAAGACGACAACACCAAUGGUCCGAAGGUUGUCGAAUUCUUGAGAUCGCACUCGACCCUUCCAAUUCAGAUACAGUUUGUGGGAGUGUUUGAUACGAUCAAGUACAACGCCGAGGGAAAUAUGCACGAUUUGUCCCUGGUCAGCUCCAUACGACAUAUGCGACAUGCAUUGGCGUUGAACGAGACACGGUCUCAGUUGAGCCCGGAAAUCCUGGAUUGUCCAAAGAGCCCCGAGGAGCUGCAGGGCCGGAGCUUCAUUCAAGCCUGGUUCAUGGGAUCGAAUCAGGAUAUGGGUGGUGGCGCUGCUCAUGACGGCCUUUCACUCUAUCCGCUGCAAUGGAUGAUCAUCGAGAGUUUGCGAGCUGGCCUCGUGAUCCAACCUGAAGAAGAACCAAAAGAGAAACAAGAUGCAAAGAAAGGCUCAUUGUCUUUGACAUUUCCUCAAUAUGCAGGCGAACUGCCAAAAUUGGGCAGCGGCGAGCAGAUCGAGUGGUUGAUCAAGCAUACAAAUGGCAUCGAAAUCAGUAUCUUUGAUUUGCAAAUGGUCAUCGGUGGCAGCACAGACGAGGACCAGGCGCACAGCAUCCGAAUCAAUAUACCGAACACAAUCUACGUCAGCCAGCGCAAGGUCUUCAGCAAAGGCGGCUUGGUCGGCUACUGCGCCAACGGGAGUUACGGGACAAUCAUUCAUCCUUCGACAUUUUGCCUGCUGGAUAGAUACCCUCGCUUCAAUGAACAGUCCCAUUUCAAAACUCUCAAGAAAGACAUUGCCGACUACCGAGAUCGAAACCUGCAGGAUACCGAAGGAACCCUACCGCCGUGGCUGGAAGGUUUGCAGCUACAGGCCAGUGGUGUGAAAGCAUUCCGAAUCUUGGUUUGCGGCAAGACUGGCGUUGGAAAAUCCACCUUGAUCAAUAAAGUCUUUGGCGUCGAACUGACCGAAGAAUCCGAAUCCUACAAACAAGGCGACCACGACAUCAACCAAGCAUUCGAAUCGCCCAACCAUCCAGGCUUGCUGAUCCACGACUCGAGAGGAUGGCAAGCGGGAAGCGAUAAAGAACUAGACCUUAUUGCCAAAUUUCUCCGCCAUCGCGCGUUCCAAAGAGAUCCUGCUCAAGCUCUCCAUGUCAUUUGGUUCUGUGUCGACUCGGACGUCAGCCGCAUCGAGGAAGCGGACAAACGAACAUUCGACACGAUCGCCCAGUUCUCGCACAAUGUGCCCGUCUUCGUCAUCGGGACGAAAAAGGACAAACUGGUGGCAUUCCACAAAAUCAAACUCCUCGAAUCGUACAUGGAAAAGACCGGCGACUAUCACGAAUCGAAGCGCCUGGCCGAGGAAGAGGCGAACAAACUAGCCGAGGAGCAAUUCCUCGCUCUACGCGACGAACUCUCCCAGAUAAAGCACUACAAGGCUGACGGGUAUUGCUGUCUUUCCAAAGGUUUGUCUUUGACCUCUUGGCCGUGCCAAUUAGAUGAACAGAUGAAGCUGAUCAUUACAAACCGGGCAGACGACGACCCAGGCGUGCGCAAACUGUUAAACUCCACACUCGAGCUAAUCACUGAUGACAGGGUUCGUCUCUUUGCCGUCGCGGCGCAAGUCGUGGAUGUCGAGCAAAAGAUUGACUCAGCCAUUACAGAAUGCAUGCGACUGGGCUUGCACGCGGUCCGCACGGCCAUGGUCCCGCUACCGUUUUCGUCCGCCAUCGGCACGCCGACCGUAGCCCGGAUCCUCUGCGAGCACGUCCUGCAGUGCUUUGGCUUCCCGAAGGCCAUGCCCGACGCCGUCGAGGAGAUCAUGAACCGCGUCGUCCUGGGCCAUCUGAAAGCCUUCAUGGCCGUCACAAUGGCAGAGUUUGUGACGGUCGGUGUGGCUACCGCUGGUCUCAUCGUAGGCACGAUGGGUGCCGGAGGUGUCUUGGCCCUGGCCAGCUGUGUUCUGGCCGCCCCUCCCACGGCGAGGAUGCUGUUCAAAUGCGCGUGCGACAUGAUUCUGAUCCUUGAACGGUCUUUCCGGUACCGCGGGAAGUAUGUCUCGGUCAAGCAGAUCGAAGAUGCAGCGCUGUACUACACGACGGUCAUGACGAAGACGUUCGCAGGAAAGGAAGUGCUGCUCCAGAAACAUGUCCACGCCGAAGUCGAUCGACUGGUACCACUGCACAAAGUCAGCGCAGGCAUCCGAUUCAGCAGGCUCAGACCGGGCCUGGAAGAAAUCAUCUACAAGAACCGGUUCGAGAAGCGCGAAACCGAGAGGCAAGACACCAUGCCACUCUCGCCAGAAAUCGGAGGGAGUGAAAUCAUGGAGCUGGAGGGCUCCGUGUCGAGCCCAGUGGAAUUGCCCUCCCGGAACGACCAUGUCGCCGAACUGCCAGCUGAAGUACCGAGCGAAGGGAGCCUAGGGAGCCUUUCACCUGUCAGUCCUGAAAGCGAUCCGGGAAGACUGAGGUCUAGUACCGCCACGAGCACAAGUGUCACCUUGACCACGAUUGACGAACUGCUGAGCUCAGACGAAAAGGCAAGUAUGUCGAAGACCACGAGCGAUCAGGAAAACCCUGGUGAAGUCAGCCCGCCUCUAUCAUCGGAGGCGCCGCCCCUAGAUAGGACGAGGAGUGAGAGUCUGUUUUCGAGAAGCACGAAGAAGCUCUCAUCAAGAUUCGGUCUGAAGAAGUCCAAGACGAAUAUUUGACGCCUGAUAUUGGAGCGGAGAUCUAGAAUAUUGGCUACAACACAAUUGAUACCCUAAGUAAAUGCAAUAAAACUCGUGUGCGGA